AGGCGGCCGGAACGUGCUCGCGCCCGUGGCCGCCGCCCGCGCCGCGGCCGCCCGGGUCUCGGAGCGAGCGCACGUGUGCCGGUCGGACCCAGCAGAGGCAGUGCCCGGGCAAUCGUCAGGAAAUGGAGGGCGAGGCGCUAUUUAGGGGUAGGGAACAGUGUGGGUUGGGUUUCGCCCAGAGAGGUGAGAGCGGGGAAGAUCCGAGGGCCAGAGAGGAGAGAGGGAGGAUCAAGAGCUAGGUAAGGCGGGCCCACCCAAGGCUUGGGAGGGAAGGGGGCGGGGCGGGAGGAGCCGCGGAAUAAAAGCGCACCGGGGACGACUUGUGAGUUUAUUCGGAGGUCCGGGUCGGAAGCGCUCACACCUGGAGUCCUGCGAAGGUGGGUGGAAGGGCGGGGUUUAGGAUUUAUGAUUUAGGAUCCCUGCCCCGGGUACAGCCUGGCCCACAACUGGCUCUACCCUAGCACAGCCCGACUUCCUCCUCCCAGCGUUGGCCGCCUCACCCUCGCCGAGCGCCAAAUCCGCCACUAGCGGGGCGGUGGAGGUGUGGCCUCUUCGCUCCGUGGUCGGCGCUUGGUCGGCGUCCGCGUCAGCCGGAGCCCAGCGCGGUGACGCAGUACGUCGACAGCAGCCCGACGGCCAUGGAGGCCGAAGAGACGAUGGAAUGCCUUCAGGAGUUCCCGGAACAUCAUAAAAUGAUCCUGGACCGAUUGAAUGAACAGCGAGAGCAAGAUCGGUUUACUGACAUCACCCUGAUUGUCGAUGGACACCAUUUUAAGGCCCACAAAGCUGUUUUGGCUGCUUGCAGUAAGUUCUUCUACAAAUUCUUUCAGGAGUUUACUCAGGAACCUUUGGUAGAGAUUGAAGGUGUUAGUAAAAUGGCCUUCCGUCAUUUAAUUGAGUUCACAUACACAGCAAAAUUAAUGAUACAAGGAGAAGAAGAAGCCAAUGAUGUAUGGAAAGCAGCAGAGUUUCUACAAAUGCUAGAAGCUAUCAAAGCCCUUGAAGUCAGGAACAAAGAAAACUCAGCUCCACUAGAGGAAAAUACCACAGGAAAAAGCGAGGCAAAAAAAAGAAAGAUUGCAGAAACUUCAAAUGUUAUCACUGAGUCAUUGCCAUCUGCAGAGUCAGAACCUGUUGAGAUUGAGGUGGAGAUUGCCGAAGGCACAAUCGAAGUGGAAGAUGAAGGCAUCGAAACGUUGGAGGAAGUGGCUUCUGCCAAGCAGUCCAUAAAGUACAUUCAGAGCACAGGUUCUUCUGAUGAUUCCGCCCUGGCACUGUUGGCAGAUAUUACCAGCAAGUACCGUCAAGGUGAUAGGAAAGGGCAGAUUAAGGAAGAAGAUGGUUGUGCAUCUGACCCCACAAGCAAACAGGUAGAAGGUAUUGAAAUUGUGGAACUUCAGCUGUCACAUGUGAAGGACUUGUUCCAUUGUGAGAAAUGUAACCGUUCAUUUAAAUUGUUUUACCAUUUUAAGGAACACAUGAAAUCACACUCCACUGAGAGUUUCAAGUGUGAAAUAUGCAAUAAAAGGUAUCUUCGGGAGAGCGCAUGGAAACAGCACCUCAACUGUUACCACCUCGAAGAAGGUGGAGUCAGUAAGAAGCAAAGAACUGGGAAAAAAAUUCACAUAUGUCAAUACUGUGAAAAACAGUUUGACCACUUUGGACAUUUUAAAGAGCAUCUUCGAAAACAUACAGGUGAAAAACCUUUUGAAUGUCCAAAUUGUCAUGAAAGAUUUGCUAGAAAUAGCACCCUCAAAUGUCACCUGACUGCGUGCCAAACUGGAGUGGGGGCAAAAAAGGGAAGAAAGAAGCUUUAUGAAUGUCAGGUCUGUAACAGUGUGUUUAACAGCUGGGACCAGUUCAAAGAUCAUUUGGUAAUACACACUGGUGAUAAACCCAACCAUUGUACUUUAUGUGACUUGUGGUUUAUGCAAGGAAAUGAAUUAAGGAGGCAUCUCAGUGAUACUCACAAUAUUUCAGAGCGUCUAGUAACCGAAGAAGUUCUUUCAGUAGAAACACGUGUGCAAACUGAACCUGUGACAUCAAUGACUAUUAUAGAACAAGUUGGGAAAGUGCAUGUGUUACCAUUGCUUCAGGUUCAAGUGGAUUCAGCACAAGUGACUGUGGAACAGGUCCAUCCAGAUCUGCUCCAGGACAGCCAAGUGCAUGAUUCACAUAUGAGCGAGCUUCCAGAGCAGGUUCAGGUGAGUUAUCUAGAAGUGGGUCGGAUUCAGACUGAAGAAGGUACUGAAGUACAUGUGGAGGAGCUGCACGUUGAACGGGUAAAUCAGAUGCCAGUGGAAGUACAAACUGAACUUCUGGAAGCUGACUUGGAACAAGUGACCCCUGAAAUCAUGAACCAGGAGGAGAGCGAGACCACCCAAGCAGAUGCUGCUGAAGCUGCCAGAGAAGAUCAUGAAGAUGCUGAGGGUUUAGAGACCAAAACAACAGUGGAUUCCCAAGCUGAAAGGGCAGGGAGUGAAAACAGAACACCUAUGCCUGUUUUAGAGUGAAAUAACAAAUGAAUAUAUUUUUAAAUUAAUGUGUUGGGUUUUUGAACUGAUCAUGGGCAGUGUGACUGUCCUUAAGCUAACAGACAAGUGGACCAAAGUUAAAGUCUUUCCUGUUGUGAACUGUUUCUAUUGAAACAAACUGAUUCCAAUGCCCACCCCCCCCCCCACACACACACACUUAAUGCCACACAGGAGGGAUCUUUCCCAUAAGUAAUGGGAAGCUUUGAGAAGUAUUAUUUCUGGAAACUUAAAUGGAUUCUAUUCUUAUUAUAUAGUUGGGUACGAAUGUAUCUAUUUUCAUUGUGAUAAGGGUUCUCCCUUCUCUCUUUCCCAGGUCACGUCCUUUCUCAGAUUUUUUCCAUGUUGUAAAAUCAAAAGUAAAAUCAUUAGAAUACAAAUUCGUGUAUUCUAAUGCAUGUUAGAAAAUUGAAUAUAUAGGAAACACAAGGCUGCAUGAAGAAAAGUACAUUGUUACUGUGCAGUUAAAUUUUGGCUUCUGGCUUUCUUUAGUUUGAACAAACUUCUUGUCUAUACUGAUAGUCACAAAUGUCAUCUCUGCAACGGAAACAGUGGUGGUGGCAAAAUUUGUAGAAUGUAAAACAAACAAACAAAAAAAAACAAAACCCACACACACCCAUGUGCCUUUUCAAAGCCAACUAAACUUCUAUAAAACAUCUCUGGUUCUUUCAAAGUUUGUGUUGUAAGGAGCGAUGUAGGUGAUGCUGUAGUACUUUGUUUUUGCUUAUAAUGGCAACUAGCAAUUCUUUUUCUUGGUAACUUAAGGUAGGGUGAGAAAUAGCAUUUAAUGGCAACUGAAGGGCCAUUUCCGAUUGGGAAAAUUCAUUUAUAUCUGUGGUAAACUUUUUUUUUUUUUUUAAUGAAAAGUUGCACUAAUAUUUUACCACCAGAUGAAAAAAAGGAGCAUCAUUUAAAAAUUAAUGUAUUUAAAGUAAAGUACAGAGAAAAACAUGUAUAUAAUAUAUCAGGCUUUGUUUUGAAUGAAUCUUUUUCCCCGAUCCUUAAUGUAAAGAUCUUGUGCUAUAACUUUUAAAGCCAUACAAAUAAGAGUGCUAAACUGUGGACUUAAAAGUAGGUGUGUAAAUAUUUUUAAUCAGUAUUACUUGGAAAAUAAAAUAUAACAACCACAUAAAGUAAACCAAUAUGCUAUUUUCUUUACCUGUUAAAUAUUGGGAGAUAUUUACAUUUUUAAAGUAAAGUUUAAAAUUAUGUGUU